AUGAAUGAAUCCAUUUCGAUUGAUUAUCCCUCUAAACUUGGUAAAAGAAGAACGAUUUCAUCCCAAUUAUCAAAUUAAAAGAGCAAAGCAAAAACUUUGUUUUUAACCAAAUUGGAAGAUGUUAGCAUAAAAAAUGAUAAAUUAAAAGUGAUUUUAAAGCAGAGAAUAAAAUCAGAUUUUGAUUAACUAAAAGAGUAAAUAGAUGAAGUUACAAAGAAAGAGGAAAAUUUAUAAAUUAAGGUAUUGGCCUUAAUUAAUGGUUUUACAAUAGCUUCUCAAAAAAAAGGUGUAUUUAGAUAUUUGGAAUCUUUGAAAAAAUUAAAAAUUUAAAAAGUAGUUUAUUAUUAAAUAUCUGUUCUUCCAAUUGAUAUAAAUUUGAGAGCCAUAGCUUAUUUUCCAUAAAUCCUAAAUGUAAAUGCUGUUGAAGAACUCAAUAUAUUUAUCAACCCUAAGCAACACCAAAAUGUAUCAUAUAACAAAAAAAAUAGGAUGAUUCCAUCCGAAACUUGUAAUUUUUCUAAUUUAAAGUCAUUUUGUAUGACAAUAUAAGAAUAAAAGUUUUAUGAAGUAGAAAUAUCCCUAUUAUCGUAUAUACUUAAUUAUUUUUCAAAAGCCUAAAAGCUAGAAAUUUUAAAAUUGAAUUUUGGAAACUGUUAUUUUGAAAAUUCUGAAAUUUUUUAAUAAAUUGUUUCAAAAUGUUUUGCUUGCUCGAAGAAUUUAAAAAUUUUAUAGCUAGAUGUUAGCUCAGUAAGUAACUUCAAUUAAAUUCAUUUUUCAAUUCAUGAAUUUGCAUAUAAAAUUGAAUAGCUCUCAUUAAAUUUUUCUAGUAUAUCAUUGACCACACAAUUCUUUUAAUCAAUACUUACUGUAUUAGAAUCAUUGAAAUAAUUAAAAAAUUUAAGUCUUAAUUUUAGCAAGUCAAACUAAGAUAUAAGAAAAUUAUAAUAUCUUUUAAACACAGUGAUGAAAAUUCCUCUACUAGAUACAUUUUCUCUCGAUUUAAGUAGCAAUAUUUUUUGUUAAUCAUUCAAUACAAAAAUUUAAGAAGAGAAUAUUAUUAACAAAAAAUAAUUGAGAUCUUUGAACUUAUUUUUAACUGAUACGGUUUGUCUUAGCGAUUAACACACAAUUCCAUCCCCUGAUUUUAGUAUUUUAGUUCACUUUACUUAUAAAAAGCUUUUUUUAAAUUUAAACAACACUAUCCAAACUUACAAUACAUUAGACAUUUUUGGAUGUGAAUUAGAGCAAUCAAACUGUUCUGAUAUCACUUUAAAGUUUAAUAAUGCAAGAUUAAAUUAUGAUCAUAUAAUAUUUCUUUAGAAGGCAUUAUAAAAUUGCAGAACCAUCUUAAGAUUACAAUUAUACCUUAAGAACAAUUUAAUUGAAACUAGCUAAAUAAGUCUUAUUUUGGCAGCCUUUGUUCAGAUGAAAUUAAUGACAAUGAAUAUCUAUUUCAAUGAAGAAAUUAAAUCCAAACUAAUAAAUGAUUUUGCCAUGAAUAAUAUCUAUUUAUUGAGAAGUAAUUUAGUUCCUAAAAGAAUGGAUUAAUUAUUAAAUUUAAAAAAAUUAUAUGUUUCUGUUAUGCUUAAACUUGAUAAGUACAAAUUCGAACCGGAAGUUAUACAAUUUUUAAAUGAUUUAUAUUAAUUUUAGUGA